UGUAUUUUUAAAUCUUUUAAAAUCUGUGUAAAUAAAUGUAAAUGAUGUAUCGAAAAAUUUUGAAUUUAAAUUCGGAAAAUGAAGGAAGUAGGGACUUUAUGUACCUAUGUUCAGAGCGAACUGCAAGAUUACUUGUUGCGCAGCCAGUCUGUACGUGCUACCCAUUUUAAGCAAAUAAUAUUCGUUUUCUUCACAUUUUCAACUUUAUUUCGGAGAUCGAAAAAUUAAUACAUUAAUCAUAUGAAAAAGUGAAUGAAAACUAUAUUAUGAAAUUUAAAAAGGUUCAUUAGAUAAUUGCGCGGGUGUAAUCAUUUUUUUUAUAUAAAUAACUUGCAAAAAGCUUAGACAAAAAAUGACAGGUGUUGCGCGUGCAGGGUUAAUCGUUAAUCCUUUAAACUUUGCCAUAUGUGAUUUAUAUAAUCACGAAAAUAUUUUAUGUACGUAUCCGUAAAAGAUGUUCGAUAACCAAUGGCUAAUAACAACAUAAAAUCCCGUAAUUAUUAUUUACGAAGUUUAGACACGUUUACAAACUUAAAUAUUGAGUCUGGAAACGUUCUUUAAGAGUGGAAACUCAUUGACAUUACAGAACAAUAUACUAUUCACAACGUACUAUCCGUUCUCAGCAGAGUGUGAGAUCAUUGUACAACCACUAUGACGAAUUGCUGCAUUUGGAAUAAAACGAAGAACUUUUUUUUCUAUCGUUUGUAUAUUUUUAGUGCUGUAUGAUUAUAUUAAAAAUGUAUAUUCAUGAAUAUUAUUAAAUCAGUCAGUGACAAGUGAUUAUAUGAACAGUUCAUUAAAUGAAAAUAUAAUUUUAUUUAUAUAAUACAAGUUAAAUGCUUAUCAAUCAUGAAGAAACAAUUCUUUAGAGUCAAACAGCUCGCUGAUCAAACAUUUUCUAGAGCUGGUAAGACAGAAGUUCUCACGGAUGAUUUACAAGCUGCGGACAAACAUGUAGAACAAAUUAGACUAGCUCUCAUCGGUUUAAACAAAAGACUUGGUAAUCUACCAAAUCAAAUUAUAACACAAGACUCUGUGGUUAAAGAAAAACGAUUGAAAAAAUGCCCAGAAUAUAUAUUAGGGCAAACAAUGUUGGAAAACGCCCCUGAAGAUGGCCUCAUGAGUUUCACACUUUUGGAAUGUGGCCGUGCACAGAUGCAUUUAGCUACUGAAACAAUUGAACAUGAAGCAAAAGUUGAACAAUACGUUGCAACACCUCUUCAACAUAUUUUAGAUACAGAUGUACCAAAUAUAUUAAAACAUAAGAAAAAUUUAGCUAGGUUAAUCUUAGACAUGGACAGCAUGAGAACAAGAUAUCAACAAGCCAGCAAGCAUAGUGCUGGCACGGGUGCAACGAAAAUAGAUAAUCUAAGAGAAGAAUUGGAAGAAGCUGAAGCUAAAGUUGAACAAUGUAGAGAUCAAUUGGCUGCAGAAAUGUUUCAGCUCAUGUCACGAGAAACUGAAUUAGCAAAUACUAUCAUUCAGUAUGUAAAACUUCAAAGAGCUUAUCAUGAAAGUGCACUGCAUUGUCUUGAAGAUCUUAUUCCUGGGUUAGAAAGAUACAUUAAUGAUAAUCAAAUGAAACCAGUUUAUGGUUAUCCACUUGAAGAACAUCUCAGAGUAACUAACAGAAAAAUAGCAUUACCUAUUCAAUUAUGUGUAUCUGCAUUAUUGAGAUUAGGUAUGGAGGAAGAGGGUCUUUUUAGAAUAGCUGGUGCUGCGUCAAAAUCGCGACGUAUUAAAUUAAGUUUAGAUGCCUGUUGCCUUACACUCCCAACUGCACUGGAGUAUAAGGAUCCACACGUAAUCGCUGGUGCACUAAAAUCAUACUUACGAGAACUUCCUGAGCCUCUUUUAACUUACAAAUUAUAUUCCGAAUGGAUGGCAGCUGCAAAAAUAACACAUAAUGAAGCAAGAUUAAGAGCUCUUUGGGAUGUACUGCAUAAAUUACCACCAGCAAAUUUAGAAAAUUUAAGGUUCCUAAUCAAAUUUUUGGCUGUACUUACUAAAAAUCAAGAUGUAAACAAAAUGUCGCCUCAAAAUAUUGCAAUUGUUAUUGCACCUAAUUUAAUUUGGAGUCCACAAGAGGAUGUAAAUACAAUGGUGAUGAAUAUGAGCACAGCUAAUAAUUCUAGUCUUAUAGUUGAUCAGUUGAUUACAUAUGCAGAUUGGUUUUUUCCUGGUGAAGUUGAUUUCGACCGAGAUUUAGAACUUGGAAUUAUAAAUGGUUCAGAGAAUCAAACUACAACUAUGCGUCGUUGCAUUUCUAACAGUAGUCUCAGUGAUCAUGGUGAAAGCCCUCCUCAAGGUAGUCCCAAGCCAGCAGUCCGUAGAAAAAAUAAGCCAGCACCAACACCACCAAAUAACACUACACCAGAUAAACAUGAUAAAAAACCUGACGAUAAACCACCGCCUACACCUGAUAAGCCACCUAGACCUUUAACGUGUAAGCUUCAAAAACAUGAAGUGGCUAGUACUGAAUCGACGAACAAACAUGAAACUAAUACAGAAAAACAAGAUGGGAGUACAGAAACAGAAAACAAGCAGCAGAGUACAGAAAUAAAUGUUGCUAUCGAUUCUCCAUCAUAUACGUGUUUGACACAUGUUAAUGAGAUACAAAAUGAACCACAUUCGCUGGACACAGAAACGGAAAAUAAUAGUCAAGAAAUCGAAAAACAUGAAAAAAUUUUAAAUGUUUCUGAAAAAACAGACAAUGCACCAUGUAACAAAUCCAUUGCGGAACUUGAGAAUUCGGAAGCUUCUACGCAUGGACUAAGAAUAAUCCCAGCAGAAAAACCACACCCUUCUACUUUGGAAAGAAGAAGACCGGUAGCCGCUCCAAGAAGUAUAAACAAUAUAGUACAUAAUACAGAAACCGUAGAGUUGCGUAAAAAACCAGAUAUCAGUAAUUCCAUGUGUGUAAGUACACCGGAGAGAAGUAGCAAGCCAGCCAUACCGGAACGACCGGUUGGAUUAAUCCGGCCUUCAAGUCUUAUCAAGCAACAACCACGCCACAGUAACGAGAACUUAGAUGCUGAGACAGGGCCUUUAACUUUGGAAAGAGCUCAUGUAUAUUCAGUGGACAAACAGCAGGUCAGUAUAAUACAAGUGCGUGGAAAUGGCAAUGCAUUCUGCACCUCGGGGAACAACAAUGGCAACGCGGCUUCGAACUUACAGAGAAGCCCCAGUGUAGGUAGUCGACCUUCGUCUAUGUCCUUGUAUGGUGAACGACCGGAGAAGCCUACGAAGUUGAAUGCUCCAGAACAAACGAAAGCUCACGUGCGAACCAGAUCAGAAGGAAACAUUAUCGAUGUACAAACACAGACUGAGACGGUAGUAGUUCUUAAAUCACCGCAACAACCAGUUCCGGCUUCCCCAAGAUUUCAUCAGAGGCCUCCACGGCCUCAACCUCCGCCACCGCCUCCACCCACAACACGAAUUAAAUCGGAGCAAGAAAGUACUAAUCUUUAGGACUGAUCGUACGAUAAGUAAUUAUUACAUUUAUAAGAGAACUUUCAAAGAAUCACUAAUGUUUUUAAUAAUGACAGCUAUAUUUCUUACAAGACAAUACGAAAUUUAAGAAAUUACUGUAUAAAGUUUUUGAUAGUGUAAGCAUUUUUAUUUUAAUGUUAAACGACUGUUGUUUCAAGUUCAGUAUCUUCGUUUUAACUGGUAUAUUAGACCAGCAAAAUUUCGAUUCAUUUUUUGAAAAUUUUUUAAUAACUGAAAUUUUUAAUUAAGAAUAAGUAUAAAGUAACAAAGGAAUUAUUUUGCAAUUUUAGCUUAAAAAAUUCUGAAUUUUUUAACUUUAUACCAUAAACAGCUGUUUUCAUGUUAAAAGAACCUGAGCUGGAUAUAUUCCUUUUUUCGAUAUCAAAUUCUUCACAGUUCUUUAAAUUACAAUUUAGAAAACUUGAUUGAAUUAAAAAUAUGAAAACGCUGAUAUAUUACAUUACUUAGGAAAAAGUAUAAGAACAACAAAUCGAAGUUUUAUUUAUGUUAAAUAAUUGUCAGUAUUCAACAUAAAUGUUCACUCUAUAACCAAAAGUAGAUCAAGCGAUUCUAUAGUAUAUUACUUACCAUCCAAAUAAAUUUUAAUUUGUCAUUAAAGAAAUUAACAAUUUUAAUACAAUAAAGUUUUCAAUUUUUUUUAUAAUUUUAUAUAUUUAAAUACUUACAGUCAUUUCUUUUAAUUUGAUAAAAAAAAUUUCGUAUAACAUUAGAUGGUAAGUAGUAUAUUGAAAGUGAAUUAUUAAACACGCUGAAAAUUAUGUACAGAAAAAUAAUAUCUGUGUUUUGGUUUUAUAAUGUACAGAUACAUAAAUGGGCAGUUUUAAUAAAUUAUAUUACUUAAGGGAAAUAAUCGAAUCGUCCUAUAUGUAUAGAUGCUUGUAACUGAUUGCUUGAUGAUACAAAUUUUUCCGCCUAUGCAUCUUAGUAAAUGUAAUUAAUUAUAAAACAAAAAAGACUUGUUAUUACUGUAACAUAUUAAUAUGUAUGUUUCCAAACAUUAAGAUCAUGCCAUUUAAUAAAUGGAUACAACAUUUUUGAAAUAGUUUGUUGCAUAUGCAGCUAUAUUCUAAAUAUAUUUUUAUAACUAAAAUGUUUAUUAAUCUAUAUAGUAAGACUUCUAAUCCCUGAGGGAUACAUAAUAAGGUAUUUGAAAAGCACAACUUUUUUUCUUAGAGUUUAAAAUAUUGCAAAUUGUUUGCAUUAUUUUUGUUUGUGUUUAACAAAAUUUUAAUUAUACAUUAAAUAAUACUUAUAUCAUCAAGCAUCUGAGUUAGUUAUUUAAAAAGAAUUAAAAAAAAGUUUCUUAUGAUUUCCUUUAAUGUAGUAUGGUUUACUUGAGUUAUCUGAACAUUUAUACAUUAUUUCAUACGUUUAUUUUUUGAAUAACUUAUGUGCAAUUGUUAUUAGAAAGGAAGUGAAAAAUUUUGUAUGUUUUUACAUUAAUUUAAAAUUAUAUUCGUAAUAAAAAUACACUGUUCUCUACGUAUUGUUGUUAAAAACAAAAACAUAUUAUUUAUGUUUUGCAAUAAGCAUCGUAUUGUUAUGUAAGAUUAAAAAAAGAAUGACUUUUUGAUAAAUUGUGCAUUUACCUAAGGAAUGCUUAGGCUGUGAAUGUAAUGAAAACUGUUAGAGGAUUUUCUUGUAUAUAAAUAAAAAUUUGUAAAGUAAAA